GACGUGGAUGAAGCACCAAUUUUUUCUAUGGAUUACUAUAUCUUGGAUGUUUAUGAAAACUCACCAAGUGGCACCGAAGUUGGCACAGUUACUGCUCGAGAUCCGGAUAGUAGGAAUAGUCCUGUAAGAUAUUACUUGGACAGCAAAGAGGAUGAAGAAAGGUUCUUUAGAAUUGAUGAAAGCAGCGGAGUUAUACGUACGACGCAGUCUCUGGACAGAGAAGUAACAGCAUGGCACAACAUCACUGUGAUGGCCUCGGAGGUUGACAACCCCAGUCUUCUCAGACACGUUCCCGUUACCGUCCAGGUUCUGGACAUGAACGAUAAUCCACCCGAGGUACCAACCGAUGAGGAAGUCAUUGUCUGUGAGAACUCAAGGCCCGACCAGGUGAUCCAGACUGUCACAGCAGUGGAUAAGGAUGACUUUGCCAAUGGACAGCGGUUUACUUUUGCUUUGCCCAGCCAGCUACCAGUCAAUCCCAACUUCACCUUAAAAGACAAUGGAGACAGCUCAGCCAGCAUCAUUGCCAGGCGGCGGCGUUACAACCACAUGAGCCAGGAGCUGUACGAGCUGCCCAUCGUGGUGUGGGACGGCGGGGAGCCGUCUCUAAGUGGCACCAGCACCCUGACCCUGCGAGUGUGUCCGUGCCAGCGUCAUGGCAAGAUCCGGAUAUGCCAAGGCGAGGCGUUCCUCUCUUCUGCGGGUCUCAGUACAGGGGCUCUGAUUGCCAUCCUGCUGUGCAUCAUCAUCUUGCUUGCAAUUGUGGUUCUGUUCAUCACAUUGAGGCGGAGCAAGAAGGAACCCCUCAUCAUUGCUGAAGAGGACAUCAGAGAAAACGUAGUGACUUACGACGACGAGGGCGGAGGUGAGGAGGACACAGAGGCGUUUGACAUCAUUGCUCUCCGUAACCCAACUGCGGCAGAGGAGCUCAAGUUCAGACGGGACAUUCGGCCAGAGGCGAGGAGUCUUUGUGGCUUGCCCCACAUCCACAGGAGCCCAGUGGUGGAGCUGGACGAAGUGGACAUGCAGAAAUUUAUCAGACAGAGACUGGUGGAGGCUGAUAUGGACACCAGUGUGCCGCCAUAUGACUCCCUUCAGACCUAUGCUUAUGAAGGACAGGGCUCGUCUACGGGAUCCAUCAGUCCAUUGGACUCUCUUGGCGCUCAGUCGGAGCAGGAGUAUAACUAUCUGAGUGACUGGGGAAUGGAGUUCCAGAGGCUGGCAGAACUCUACGAAGAGGCAGAGUCAGAGUCUGAUGUGACCACCUAGUCUGUGAUUUCACUUCUGUUCAAACCAAAUCUGUUAUAAAUCUUUUUUUAAUUUUUGUCAGAUUUUCAGUGAAUGAGAUGAACACGUGGACCAACGGCCCUGUUCUUAAAGUUUACUGUUGAACUAAAAAUACUUCUUUUUUUCAUUUUGUC